AUGAGCUUGCAAAUGAGACGAGAAAGGAGGGAAGGGUCGAGGUUCCCUUCACAGCGUCCUCCUCGACAGCUUUGGGUUCCGAAAGGAACGGGAGGUUCAGCCUCAACCACAACUGAAACCACUCCGGAAACCACCCCCACAACCACUGCAUCAAGCACUGCCACUACAACUGUUGCCCAACCUACAGGUUUGCACUCCCGUGAGAAGAACAGUAAUGGUGAUGGUGGUUCGUCCAAUCAAGGGACUGUUAUUGCUCCACCGUUGGCUAGGCAUAGAGGUAAUCAUCAUGGUGCUCAUAGGGGGGAAAGGGAACAUGUUGCUCAUCAUGUUGAAAGGGGACAUGUUGCUCAUCGUGUAGAAAGGGGACAUGUUGCUCAUCGUGUGGAAAGGGGACAUGUUGCCCAUAGGGUUGAAAGGGGAAGUGAUAGAGGGAGGAGUGGAAAUAUGGUGGGGAGGGAAUACGGAUCGAGGGACUCUAGUUUGCCUCAAUUGGUGCAGGAGAUUCAGGAGAAGCUCACGAGAGGUACCGUGGAGUGCAUGAUUUGCUAUGAUAUGGUUCGGAGGUCUGCACCUGUUUGGUCUUGCUCCAGCUGCUACUCUAUCUUUCACCUGAACUGUAUCAAGAAGUGGGCUCGUGCGCCCACCUCGGUUGAUUUAUCAGCGGAGAAGAAUCUAGGGUUUAAUUGGCGGUGUCCUGGUUGUCAGUUUGUGCAACAUACGUCUUCAAGGGAUAUAAAAUAUGUCUGCUUUUGCGGAAAGAGGGUAGACCCUCCGUCUGAUUUGUAUUUGACCCCUCAUUCGUGUGGUGAACCAUGCGGAAAGCCUCUUGAGAAGGAGGUGUUUGGUACUGAAGGGAGAAAAGAUGAGCUUUGCCCUCAUGCUUGUGUUUUGCAAUGCCAUCCGGGUCCGUGUCCUCCAUGCAAGGCAUUUGCCCCUCCUCGUUUGUGCCCUUGUGGGAAGAAAAAAAUUGCCACUCGUUGCUCUGAUCGGCAGUCUGAUCUUACUUGCGGUCAGCGCUGUGAUAAGCUUGUUGAUUGUGGACGUCAUCGCUGCGAAAAUGCUUGCCAUGUGGGUCCUUGUGAUCCUUGUCAGGUGCUCAUCAAUGCAUCUUGUUUUUGCAGUAAAAUGGAACAGGUUAUUUUUUGUGGUGAGAUGGCUAUGAAAGGUGAAUUUAAACCAGAAGGCGGAGUUUUUUCGUGUGGUUCUAAUUGUGGAAAGGAACUUAGUUGUGGUAAUCAUAUCUGCCAUAAACCUUGUCAUCCAGGCAGCUGCGGUGAAUGUGAAUUUUUACCAAGCCAGGUUAAGACAUGCUGUUGUGGAAAAAUGAAGCUGGAUGUUGAACGGAAGAGUUGUGUGGAUCCAAUACCUACAUGCUCACAAGUAUGUGGCAAGCGCCUUAGUUGUGGGAUACAUGAUUGUCCGGAGCCAUGCCAUGUUGGGGACUGUCCGCCGUGUAAGGUCCAAAUAUCACAGAAAUGCCGCUGUGGCUCAACCUCCCGAACUGUGGAAUGCUAUAAAACAAUAUCAGAGAAUCAGAAAUUUACUUGUGAAAAGCCGUGUGGGGCAAAGAAAAAUUGUGGAAGGCACCGAUGCAGCGAAAAGUGUUGUCCAGUGUCCGGUCCAAACAUUGAUUUGACUAAUGCAGAUUGGGAUCCUCACUUCUGUUCCAUGCUAUGUGGAAAGAAGCUGAGAUGUGGCCAGCAUGUGUGUGAGACGUUGUGUCAUAGUGGUCACUGUCCACCAUGUCUUGAAACAAUCUUCACUGAUUUAACAUGUGCUUGUGGUAGGACCUCAAUUCCUCCUCCCCUACCUUGUGGUACAAUGCCUCCCUUGUGUCAACUUCCAUGUUCGGUUCCUCAACCGUGUGGUCAUUCAGGCUCUCAUAGUUGCCAUUUCGGAGAUUGUCCUCCAUGUUCAGUGCCUGUGUCAAAACAAUGUGUUGGUGGCCAUGUCAUUCUUAGGAACAUACCUUGCGGCUCAAAUAAUAUUAGAUGCAAUAAUCCCUGUGGAAGAACUAGACAAUGUGGUUUACAUGCGUGUGGUAGAACAUGUCAUUCACCACCUUGUGAUGUUCUACCUGGUUUUGUGGAAGGUUACCGAGCACCAUGUGGACAGACAUGUGGUGCUCCAAGGAGUGGCUGCCGCCAUAUGUGCAUGGCUCAAUGUCACCCUACGUUUUCUUGCCCAGAUGUAAGAUGCGAGUUCCCUGUUACAAUUACUUGUUCUUGUGGUCGAAUAACAGCGAAUGUUCCUUGUGAUGUUGGUGGUAGCAGUAGUAAUUAUAACGCUGAUGCAGUAUAUGAGGCUUCAAUUAUUCAAAAACUGCCCAUGCCGCUUCAACCGGUUGAUGCAAUUGGCCAAAAAGUUCCCCUUGGACAAAGAAAGCUGAUGUGUGAUGAAGAAUGUGCUAAGUUGGAGCGUAAAAGGGUUCUUGCCGAUGCAUUCGACAUCACUCCAAGUCUUGAUGCUCUCCAUUUUGGUGAGAAUUCUUCAUUUGAAUUGCUUUCCGACACGUUUAGACGUGAUCCAAAGUGGGUUUUGGCUGUUGAAGAAAGAUGCAAAAUAUUAGUACUUGGAAAAACCAAAGGAACAACACAUGGUUUAAAAGUGCAUGUCUUUUGUCCUAUGAUAAAGGAUAAAAGAGAUGCCGUGAGAUUGAUUGCUGAAAGAUGGAAGCUUUCGGUGAAUGCUGCUGGUUGGGAGCCAAAGCGGUUUAUCGUAAUUUCUGCUACCCAAAAAUCUAAGGCUCCAGCUCGUGUGCUUGGGGUUAAGGGUACCACAACUUUAAAUGCACCUCUUCCUACCGCAUUUGAUCCAUUGGUUGAUAUGGACCCGAGGCUUGUCGUCUCCUUUCCAGACCUGCCAAGGGAUGCUGAUAUUAGUGCCUUGGUACUUCGGUUCGGCGGCGAAUGUGAGCUUGUUUGGCUGAACGACAAGAAUGCUUUAGCUGUUUUUCAUGAUCCUGCCCGAGCUGCAACUGCAAUGAGGAGGUUGGAUCACGGAACAGUUUAUCAGGGUGCUGUUUCGUUUGUCCAGAAUGUCGCAUCUGCGGCGUCUUCGGUUACCAAUGCUUGGGGAGGAAUAAAAGAGGGAGGAGGAUUAUCAACACUGAGAAGCAAUCCAUGGAAAAAGGCUGUGGUUCUUGACCCAGGAUGGAAAGAAGAAUCAUGGGGCGAAGAACAAUGGGGUACCGGUGGUUCUGCAAAUAUCCAACCAUCUGUUUUGAAGAAAGAAGCGCCAAUACCUGCCUCAACAAAUCCUUGGAAUGUUUUAAACCAGGAAUCAAGUUCGAGCUCAUCGUUUACAACUGUCACAAAAAGAGAAACUUCUGGAAAACAAACCCAAAUCGGCGAUCUCUCAACUAAAGUGCAGCCUUCUACGGACGGAGCAAUUGGAGGAAACAAGGAUGCAACAGAAGCUGCUGAAGUUGUAGAUGAUUGGGAGCAAGCUUUUGAGUAA